CACAGACACGGGCACACACACACAGAGGGAAAUGGGAAGAGGGAAGGCGAGGGAGCUCACACACACCUCUGUCUGUCCUGAUUCAGCAGAACAGAUUUGUUCGUCAUCUCUCCCUGCAGCCUCACGCUGCCAACCUGCUGCAAACGGAAAACAGUCUCGAGCCGGAGGACCUGCCCCGUCUGCCUGCCUGUCUAACGGUGUGACCUCCUGGCUCCUGGCAGCAGCUGAAGCGGAUGAGGGAUAAACGGUGGAGGACCAGCAGCAGCAGCGAGACGAAGAGCGAAUGCGAAUGAUGGGAAAACUAAGAAGCACCCGCUGCACUAGAGAUGAACCAAUCAAGAAACUGAGAGACAAAUAGAAACCAAUAGACGCAAAAGAAGAUCUCUCUAUCUGUCUCUGCCUUGGGACCCCCUCCCCAUUCUCACCCACCCCACACACACACAGGGAGAUUAUUGUUAUUAUUAUUAUGGGAUAGAUAUACAGGACUCCUUGUUGCCAUGGAUACCGGCAUGCGAAAAUUCACAGUGCGGAGAUGGUUUUCCAUCUAUCUGAAGAACAAGGCGGCAAGAAACAAGAACAACACAAGCUUCUGUCAACUAGAGGAUGACAGUAUACUGAAGGAGAUUGAUAUCAGCCACCAUGUUAAGGAGGGUUGUGAGAAAGCAGACCCCUCUCAGUUCCAGUUGCUUAAGGUGCUGGGACAAGGCUCCUAUGGAAAGGUCUUUCUGGUGAGAAAGAUCAGAGGAGCGGACAGAGGGCAGCUUUAUGCCAUGAAGGUCCUGAAGAAAGCCACACUGAAAGUUCGGGAUCGUGUGCGAUCUAAGAUGGAGAGAGACAUUCUGGCAGAAGUGAACCACCCAUUUAUAGUUAAACUGCACUAUGCCUUCCAGACGGAGGGGAAGCUCUAUCUGAUACUGGACUUCCUCAGAGGAGGAGACCUUUUCACUCGCUUGUCAAAAGAGGUUAUGUUUACAGAGGAGGAUGUCAAGUUUUACCUUGCAGAGCUGGCUCUGGCCUUGGACCAUCUACACAGUCUGGGGAUCAUCUACAGGGACCUCAAACCUGAAAACAUUCUUCUGGAUGAAGAGGGACACAUUAAGAUAACUGACUUUGGCCUGAGUAAGGAAGCCAUAGAUAAUGACAAAAGAGCAUAUUCCUUCUGUGGAACAAUAGAGUACAUGGCUCCAGAGGUUGUGAACAGGAGAGGGCACACGCAGAGCGCUGACUGGUGGUCGUUUGGGGUACUGAUGUUUGAGAUGCUGACAGGAUCGCUACCAUUCCAGGGAAAAGACCGCAAGGAAACAAUGGCACUCAUUCUGAAGGCGAAGCUGGGAAUGCCACAGUUCCUCAGCCCUGAAGUGCAGAGUUUGUUGAGAGCACUCUUCAAGAGAAACCCUGCUAAUCGACUAGGUGCAGGACCAGACGGAGUGGAGGAGAUAAAGAGACAUCGUUUCUUUGCACCAAUAGACUGGAAUAAGCUGUACAGGAAGGAAGUCAGGCCUCCGUUUAAACCGACAGUCGGAAGACCUGAAGACACUUUCCACUUCGACCCCGAGUUCACCUCCAGAACACCCACUGAUUCUCCAGGCAUCCCUCCGAGUGCAAACACGCACCAGUUGUUUCGAGGUUUCAGCUUUGUGGCAACUAAUCAGAGUCAGGAGCCCAGUGUUGCCCCGGUAACAUCUUCACGGCAGGAAGUGAACAGCCACAACCCCAUCACACAGCACCUACAUGUUGAUGUGUCAUUCAGCGACGUGUACGAGUUGAAGGAGGAAGUUGGACAGACAGCGACGUCUGUCUGCAGAAGAUGUCUGCACCGAGUUACAGCUGUGGAGUAUUCAGUAAAGAUUAUUGACAGAGCAAAGAAAGACCCAUCAGAGGAGAUUGAGAUUCUGCUGAGAUACGGACAGCAUCCAAACAUUAUUAGCCUGAAGGAUGUGUACGACGAUGGCCAGUGUGCGUACCUGGUUCAGGAUUUACUGAGAGGAGAGGAGCUGCUGGACAGAGUCUUGACGAUGCCAAACUUCACAGAGAGAGACGCUGCAGAUAUCAUCUGCACACUGGCCAAGACUGUGGAAUAUUUACACUCACAGGGGGUCGUGCAUCGGGACUUGAAGCCGAGUAACAUUCGCUAUUCAGAUGACACUGGACUCCCAGAAUCCAUCAGGAUAUGUGAUUUUGGUUCUGCCAAACAGCUCAGAGCUGAGAAUGGAUUACUGAUGACCCCGUGUUACACAGCUACUUUCAUAGCUCCUGAGGUCCUGAAGAAGCAGGGCUAUGACGCAGCCUGUGACAUCUGGAGUGUUGGCAUCCUGCUCUACACCAUGAUAGCUGGUUUCAGCCCAUUUGCCAGCAGUCCUGACGACACUCCAGAGGAAAUACUGGCUCAAAUCGGCUGUGGGAAAUUCGUUAUCACCGGGGGGAACUGGGACGUGGUGUCAGACGCUGCCAAGGACAUUGUGAUCAAGAUGCUCCAUGUGGACCCUCACCAGCGCCUGACUGCUCCCCAGGUUCUUCGUCACCCCUGGAUCGUAGAGAGAGACCACCUCUCUGACAUACCGCUCACCAGACACGACGCUCUCACAGUCAAGGGGGCUCUGUCUGCUACCUACUCUGCUCUGAGGCGCUGUGCUCCUGCUCCAGUCCUGGAGCCUGUCCUGUCCUCCAGCCUGGCUCAGCGACGAGGCAUGAGGAAAGUGGGUAGUCCCAAGGCAAACCCAAACCUUAAAGAAAAGGAGUAGCCUCAAUAUCCGGAUAUUAACCCAGAAGAAAUCAAAUAUAGUCCCAAAUAUUAAAAAUAAUGAUAAUAUUUUAUUAUAAAGUGCUAUUCUGUACAAUCUUAUAAAUCCUAACCCAAUGAACAAAUUAAAGAAAUGUAACCUUUAGCUUAAAGACAUGAACUGGCUCCAAUACCCUAACCCUUAACUAAGGCACAAGGCCCAAAUCUACUCCUAUCUGUAAAGCACGAGCUCUGACACAAGGAUUUACUUUCAGUUUGUUCAGUACAAAAUGUGAAUUAAAACUAUUUUUUUAUAUAAUGAAGUUAGAGGCUUUAUGAAAACAUUUUUCAUGCCAAAAAGAUUUGUAGUUUGAUGGAUGAUUUUUGGGGAAAUCCCUCAUCCUAGUUUGAACUGAGAGUGAACUGGCCCCAACCCUUCCUGAUACCUUAGCAUAAACCCUGUGAAAAUAUACCAGCACUGACUCCCAAGCCCAAUACUGGCAUCAAAAAGCAACAGACCAGCCCUAAUUCAGCUGUUAACCACUUGUCUGAAUCAAAGUAGCCCUAAAUUGCACAUUCUGUACAUAUGACAUAACCCUAAAUCAGCCCUAGCCCUACUAAAUGCCAAACUUAAUGCAGAAACUUGAAGAAAUUAAAUGUUUGACCAACUCAUAACCCUGAACACAGAGACUUGCAUUUAAAAAUUCACAUGCAUCCAUUACAUCUCGCACAUUUGUCCUCCAAGCUUAGUUUAAUUGCUGUCUUUGCUUGUAACGGGUUGAAAAAUUUGUUCUGGACUUUUUCCUCCCUUUAGUGUCCACUUUAUUAUGGUUCCCAGUACGAGAUAAAAAUUCUCUCAGAUUUGGGUCAUGCUGAGAGAAAGACUGCUGCACCAGGCCUGUCCAGGUUGGCCUAUGAAAUUCAGUCUGAACACAUGGACGUUUACUGCGGUAUUUGUCAGGCACAGCGUACAGCGUCAGCGUACAGUUAAACCCGUAUGAUUACAUGAGAGCUGGACUGAUCCAGAUCUAAACACAUGAAUAUUUUCCUCUGCUUGGUCAAUCGUGACUAUUUAUGCAGCUGAAAGUGAGACUAAUGACUCCGGUGGCCAAAACCAGAUUUCAAGUUAUGCAGUAUUCAGUGCCACACCGUUUAAAACAAUAUGCCAAAUUGUUACUUUUGAUUUGCUGUUUACUUUUGGUUUGACAUUUAGCACGCAUGUCACAUGAGUUCAUAAGUACAGUCAACCAUUAAUUCUGUCUUCCACAGGCAUACACAGGGACUAAUUUUCCUCUGUUUUGAAAACUCAAAAAGGAAAAAAAACAAACAAACAUAUAUUUGAAUUAUGUUUUCAAAUUUUGUUUUUGUUUUAAUUUUUCCUGUGAGGAAGGAUCUGAAUUCUACAGAGAUAUGCAUGGUAAAAAUGUAAAUAAUAUACCAAAGGACAUAAACACUUAAAUUGACAAUAAAUAAUAUGUUGCCAUUUAAUAUAUUUUAGAAUAGCUCAAAAUAUUCUCAAUACUUCAUGUGUUGGUGUCUUCCAUAAGUACAGUCUUUUAGACUUGAAUGAAUUUUAUUGUAAAUGUACCACUAAUGCACUUCCCAGAUCAGAUGAGUGUAGUUAUUUUAUGAUGAAGGACGUAUGAAGGCAUUUAUGUUGUAUGUUGUUUGUUGUGUUUUUUCAUGUCAUAUUCAGAUGUCCUCUGGGUGCAUAGUUGUCAGUGAACUAAGGCAAAUGAUAUGGCUCCCUGGUAAAUACCACAAUAGCAAAACUCUGCAGUUGCUAUAAUACUGUGUAAUAUAAAGUCAGAAAUCAGUGUGACACUUCAGUGUGUGUGUGUGUGUGCUUGAGUGUGUUGAGUAGUUGCCAGUAGGCCUCUGUUUGUUGUCAGUGUCUGAAAACCAAAAUGUUUGGAAACCACUGUGUCAGGGAACGGCUUAUAUUGUGUACUGCUGCUGCUCUGAUUGUACGUAAUAAACGUUACAAUCAUAAAUAAGAGGCGAGAUUGUAGAUUAUUAUGUACAACCACAUGCACAUGCUGUGUUACACAUGUAGCUACUGGUAAAAGGUGAGAUCAUACAUAAUGUGAUGUGCAGCCAAUAAUCAGAAACAAUGCUGUGAAUAUGUUCAUGUUUGCAGAUUUAUUGCGACUGUACAGAUUGUGUUGCACCAUACAACCAACAGAGGGGGGAUUGUGUACAUUUUGUGUGCAGCUACGAGGAAGAGAUGAAACUGUAAAUAUUGUUUACUAACACAGAUUGUACAUAUUGUCUUGCAAAACCACUAGUGUGAGGUUAGAUUGUAUAUUUUGUACUGCACAAUGAAAAGGUAAGAGGUUAAAACUGUACAUAUUGUGUUUGCAGAUGCAUUGAGACUGUGCAAGUACAUUGCUGUAAAUAGUACAUUGUGUUGUGCAACCAUUGCUCAGAGUGUAUAUACUGUCUAUACCUGGCCAAUUGUUGAGGAUAUUGGCUAGAAUGCCAAAGUUUUACAAAUAAAUCGAGAGGAUGGAGACAACAUCAAAA